AUGUCAGAAGAUGCAGAGCAACAAGCUGAAGAGAUUGAAGUGCUAAAAUCUAUCUAUGAGGGAGAUGAGAACUUUAAGCAAGUUGACGGUACGACUUAUCAAUACAAGUACACGGAGGGAGAAAAGUCAUUUAUAUUAGAAAUAAAAUGGGGGCCUACUUAUCCCACAGAAAAACCCAAAUGCAACUUAGAAAUCUUCUAUAAUCAACAUUUAUUGCCAUCAGUAAAAGAAAAAAUUUUGGAGAUAGUAGAAGCCGAAGCAGAACAGUGGGUUGGAUGUGCAAUGACAUAUACAUUAUUUGAAUGUUUAAAAGAGAAAGUUGCCGAGAUAUUGGCGGGACAAACUGAGGAAGCAGUGGCGGCGCGGGUUGAGAAGAUAGUUAUUGAAGAUCAAACUGAAACGUCAAAGAAGCCAGAGAAGAAGGAACAACUCACGAAGUCACAGAAACGUCGAGCGUGGGAUCGAGCCGAGAUCGGCAAAGCAGGAGAGAGGCCAAGAGGGUGGGAUUGGGUGGACAUUGUCAAACAUUUGUCUCAAGCACCACAUCAGCCAACAUCAUGA